UGUAGAGGGUGUCAUGGAGGAUCAGACUGAGCAGAGCCCCGGAGCCCCCAGUGACCCGGAAAGCGGGGUCUCCCCUCCCCCCCUACACCCGGGAGCCCCCCCACACCGGACAACCAACUUCUUCAUCGACAACAUCCUCCGACCCGACUUCGGCUGCAGGAAGGAGACUCCGGGCAGAGAGAACGUCAACCCCCUGCACACCCGACAGGGUCACCCCUCACCCGGCCAGGACUCCGACUCCCCCAGCGACUCCUCCAAAGGGGGGGACCCCAACUCCCCCGUCCUCAUCGGACCCCAAACACGCAAGUCUGACCCGAUGGUGUGGCCCGCCUGGGUGUAUUGUACCCGCUACUCCGACCGCCCGUCCUCCGGGCCCCGGACCCGGAAACUGAAGAAGAAGAAGAAUGAGAAGGAGGAUAAGAGGCCCCGCACGGCCUUCACCGCGGAGCAGCUUGCGCGCCUGAAGAGCGAGUUCCAGGCCAAUCGGUACAUCACGGAGCAGAGGCGGCAGACCUUGGCCCAAGAGCUGAACCUCAACGAGUCCCAGAUUAAGAUCUGGUUCCAGAAUAAGCGGGCCAAGAUUAAGAAGGCUUCCGGCCUGAAAAACGGACUGGCCCUCCACCUGAUGGCCCAGGGACUGUACAACCAUUCCACCACCACGGUGCAGGAGAAGGAGGAGAGUGACUGAGGCCCCAUAUACAUAUAUACUUCUAUAUAUCUACGUCACAGAGCCCCCUGUAUAGAGUUCUAUCAGGUAAGGACACCGGGACCAUCCGCCCCUCCUCCAC